GCUAUAAUGGACGACCGCGGGCACGAACACGCCAGUCAUUACCAGGGCAAGACGGUGCGAAACACCUCGAACCAAGAGGUCGACGCGACAAGGGAAGGGAAGGAUCCUCCAAAGGAAGGAUUUGUGAGCUGCAGCAUGGCAUGGUGCACGCAGUCUAUUGCUAACGGCGUCUUAUGUUCUCAUGGUCGCGACCCAAAUGCACAUAUUGAGUCGAGAGAGCCUGCACCGGGCAGCGGACACGUUAGCCAGAGCCCUGUCCACCAGCGUAAGUACUCCCAAGAUGCACAAUACAUCACCAGGUUCGAGGACAUGAACAAGGGUCUCUCGGAGGAGAUGGACAAGGAGGUGGACAAGCGGGUGCAGACCUCGUAA